GCCAGCUAGCUUUCGUGUGAUAAAUGUGGGGAGUGUUCUUCCUUCCUCUGGAUUUCUCGUCGUGUUCUUCGUCGCCGCUCGCAAAGAUCUGUGGUUGCUUCGGCCAGGCGUCGUCGAUCGUGAUCCGACUGGCUUACGUUCUCGACGCGGUGAUCUGCUGCUGCUUUUGCUGCUUCCUCUGCGAGGCCCGGCUCGACCACCCCAAGUCUUCUUAACAUCUGCAUUGGCUUGCUCAUAAGCUCUUAGAUCAUCCAAAGUUCUCUCGGAGGAACUCGAGGAGAUGGUUCGCCAGGACCAAAUCGCGAGAGCGCUCUCACUCUUUUCCCUCCUCGCCCUCACCACCUUCUACGUGAUCACCAUCGCGCUCGCGAGCUGGGCGCUCAACCGCGCGUUCAAGGAGUCCACGCCCGGCUCGCCGGUAGUAGGAUCGACGCAUGGGAAUGCGGCGACUCCAUUCCUUGCGUUGACCACGCUGAUCUCCGGGGUCGUCGGAAUGGCGGCGGUGAUACUCGGGCUCCAACACGUGGCAUCGUGGAAGGCCAAGACGCUAAUCGCCGCCAACGCGGCCACCAUUAUCGCGUGGGCUCUCUCGCUACUGGCUAUGGGGCUUGCCUGCCGCGAGGUUGGGCUUGGAGGGCGGAGGGACGGUAACCUGCGGAGCUUGGAGGGGUUUGUGAUAUUCCUGCCCUGGGUCCUGCUCGUACAAAUGGUGACGUGGCAGGCGGCCAUGGUUGUCCAGCGAGUGGAGCACGCACCCCCGACGACCCCACGAAUGACUGUGUGAUUGGAUAAUUUAUUGGCAGGAAAUUGUGUGUGAUCUAAUCCGGGAAAUAUGACAUUCGAUAAUGCUGCUCCA